AUGCCGCUUUUACAUCAGGACAAUAGUCGCGGUGGCGGUGGGUCGCGCGAAAACCGUCGCUCUUUGGCGGAAUUCUUAGGCCUCGAUACCUCUCAGCUCGCCGAAGCAGCAGCUCCGAGAGCAAGACCAAAUUUGGUUUGUGAACAGGAGGGUGGUGACGAGUGGCGCUGGGAAAGCCCUAGCAGCCCUGAGGCCGCACAGACUCCGCGCACACUUGUUCCGCCAACAUGCUUCCCGCCGCGGCAUCCUACCGCUUUUGCCAGUUACAGCGAGAGCGCGCGCCCGGGCGGCUGGGGCGACUCCCCCGGGCAGGGGAUAACGGACCUUGUGGCUUCCUUAAUAAGUCCAGUGAGGUUCAUGUUUCAGAAGGCCUUGGCGAUGCCACCGGCGUCUAAUUCGCGUUCCAAUGCUUAUCAAACUCGACUCAGUUGCGAUGGCUUGGAAUCUGUAGAGCCGCCGUGGCCGCCCGAAGGAGCUCGUGCGCAACCGCGCGAACAGUCGCGAGCGCUGCCACGCCGUGCAUCUUUUUGUGGUGUUGUAGCGGCGGGCCGGAAUGGUGGUGACGCGCUCAGCUGGAGUGGUACGCUACCAGCUCGCUGUUUGGACCCUAGCGGUGGCUUCUCUGCCAAGGUGUUUCUGGGUGGUCUUCCCUGGGACAUCACUGAGCAGGCACUCAUGCACGCUCUGCGACACUUCCAGCCAGUGCGCGUGGAGUGGCCGGGGCGGGGCGCGGGGGGCGGGGCGGCGCCGCGCGGCUACGCGUACGUCACUCUGGAGAGCGAGCGGCGCGUGCGGGCGCUGCUGGCGGCCGCGCGCCGGGACGGCCACGACUGGUACUACCGCAUCGCCUCGCGGAACAUGCGCACCAAGGAGGUGCAAGUGAUCCCGUGGGCGGUGGCGGACUCGAACUGGGUGAGCGGCGGCGGCGCAGGCGGCGCGGGCUCGGUGCGGCUGGAGCCCGCGCGCACCGUGUUCGUGGGCGCGCUGCACGGCAUGCUCUCCGCCUCCGCGCUCGCGACCAUCAUGAACGACCUCUUCUCCGGCGUCGUGUAUGCGGGAAUCGACACUGACAAGAACAAGUACCCGAUAGGUUCGGGUCGCGUCACAUUCAAUAACGUUCGCUCCUACGUGCGCGCCAUCUCCGCCGCGUACGUGGAAAUACGCACUGAUAAGUUCACGAAAAAGGUCCAAGUCGAUCCCUACUUAGAAGAUUCGAUGUGCUCGGUGUGUAAUCUUCAGCAGGGACCAUAUUUUUGCCGCGAGCCCGUUUGUUUUAGGUACUUCUGCCGCUCGUGCUGGGCCUGGCAGCACUCGUCGGAGGCGCACAAGCCGCUCAUGCGCAACUCCAAGAGCGCGCAGCCGCCCGCGCGCCACUCGCCGCCCGCCGACGCGCUCUACAACGGCGGCUUCGGCCUCGUCGGGGACGCGACACCAUCCCCCACGGCGAGUGGUUGCGAGGCGGCGGGCGAGGAGGGCGGGGGGUGGGCGCAGCCGCAGGCGCGCUGACACCGCUCUACCGAGUAACAACACCCGGCAGUUGUCGAGCCGCUAUUGAGUUGGGCGCUUUGUCAGCCAGCUUCGUUUAAUUAUAUACUAUGAUUUGUUCUCGUUGAUUAUUAUAAUUUAUAAAUCAUUUGAUUGUUAUCGUUGUUCAUUUAAAUUAGUUCGAGAUAGAUUUUGCUUGACAAAAUUUAUUGUAUUAUUUUUUGUUAAUCGCUUUUGUACCCGCAAAAUUAAGCUGUUAUUAAGAGACUAGACUAGUAUACUGUGCCUAUAGGAGAUUUUAAACGGAUUUUUAAGGUGCCUGUAGUGUUAGGCGAUAUUCGCUGUUACUUUUAAAGAAACUUUUUAAAAAACCGCUUUUAAAUCGGGUAAUUUUUAUGGGAAUUUUAGGUGAAACAAAAUUAAAUGUUGAUUUUAUCUUGAAGUAGCUUAAUUGAUUUUAGAAUGUACAGUACAAUAUAUACUGUUACGAAUAAAUUAAUUUA